UUAGGGCUCUGGGUGAAAAGAAAAAGAGUUCGCGACUUCUUGUGUUUUAACAGUUAAGCGUAAAGAUAUUCUUUAAGUUUUGUACAGUCAGUAUUCGUUACCAACACAUCAGUAUUGAUAAGGGGCCUGUGAUGAGUUCGAAGUCACGUCGGCGGAGUCGCUCCAAGUCGAGAAGUCGGAGCCGAGGCCGACAGAACCGAUCUAGAGUCAACGAUUCAACGGCGGAGAGGAGAGGCCGCAGCCGGUCUGUGGAUGAAAAACGAAGCGGUCGGAGAUGCUCCAGUAGCUCAGACUUCAGCGACGGCUCUACCGGCCGACGGAGGAAGCAGCACCAGAGGCGUUCGACAUCCAGGAGCGACCCAGAGAGUGACAGAGGACGGAGGAGUCGUCCGUCAUCCAGUUCUGAUGCUGAUGAUCCCAAAGAGAGAAGACAGGAAAAGAAGAGCCAGAAAGGACUGAGGGGAAGGUCCCAGUCCAGCUCAGAUUCCGGGAGCAGUGAGAGAGAAGGAAGACGAUGGAGAAGUCCUCACCAGGGAAGUCCACUGAGAGACAGAUGGAGGAGGGAGCGAGAGAAGUGCAGGAGCAACAGUAGGUCCCAGUCAAGAAAAGGAACCCAAGAGCGAAGGAAGAGGAAUGAAAGCAGCGAGGAGCGAGAGAGGGAUGAGGGAAGCAGAAAGGCUGAUGACAGAGGGAGGCAACGCUCCAGUUCACCCGAUUCCUCGAGUAACUCAGAUUCUGAUCAGGAAAAGUGUGCCACCAAAGAAAAGGAGGAGAGGCAAAAGCAGAAGGAGGUGAUGAAGGCUCUGGAGACCCCAGAAGAGAAGCGGGCUAGACGAUUGUUAAAGAAGGAGGCAAAGGAGAAGAAAAGGAGAGAGAAGAUGGGCUGGAGUGAGGAGUACAUGGGAUACACAAAUGCAGAUAAUCCCUUCGGCGAUAACAAUUUAUUAGGUACCUUCAAAUGGCAGAAGGCACUGGAUAAAAAAGGCAUUGGACAUCUUGGAGAAAAAGAGCUUAAAGAAAGGAACAAACUUAUUCAGGAAGAGAACCGCAGAGAGCUGCAGAAGGUAAAACAGCUGCGUCUGGAGAGGGAGCGAGAGAAAGCCAUGAGGGAGACGGAGCUGGAGAUGCUGCAGAGAGAGAAGGAGGCGGAGCAUUUUAAGACCUGGGCUGAACAGGAAGACAACUUUCAUCUGCAGCAAGCGAAAUUACGGUCUAAGAUUCGAAUCCGUGAUGGUCGUGCCAAACCCAUUGACCUUCUAGCGAAGUACAUUAGUGCUGAAGAUGAUGAUUUUGCUGUGGAGAUGCAUGAACCCUAUACGUUUUUGAACGGACUAACAGUCACAGAUAUGGAUGACCUUCUGGAAGACAUAAAGGUGUACAUGGAGUUAGAGCAAGGCAAAAAUGUAGAUUUUUGGAGAGACAUGACCACCAUCACGGAAGAUGAGAUCAGCAAACUGAGAAAACUGGAGGCCUCUGGGAAAGGAGCAGAUCAUCGGCGUGAAGGCAUCAAUACGGCUGUGAGCACUGAUGUCCAGACAGUAUUCAAAGGAAAGACAUACAGCCAACUGCAGGCACUACAUCUGAAUAUUGAGGCAAAGAUUCGGGCAGGUGGAUCCAAUCUGGAUAUUGGUUACUGGGAAAGUCUGCUGCAGCAAGUCAAAGUCUACAUGGCAAGAGCCAGGUUGAGAGAGCGUCACCAAGAUGUCCUGCGUCAGAAGCUGUUUAAGUUGAAACGGGAACAAGGAGUGGAGAGCGAACCUCUAUUCCCCAUCGUUAAGGAGGAGCCGAGGAGUGAGGAAGAUGACAGGGGCAGCACAAGACAGCAAAGUGGGGAGAGUGCUGCAGAAGGAAGUGGGCAGGACGCAGAGGCAGGAUCGUCCUCAUCUGUAGUGGGAAACACAAAUCAAGGUGAUGAUCGAGAAGAACAGGGAGACAAGGCAGAGGAUGGAGAAAAGAGUGAGGUAGUGGAGGCAGUGCUGACAGAGGAGGAUCUGAUCCAGCAGAGCCAGGCAGAGUAUGAUUCUGGUCGCUACAGUCCAACGCUCCUAGCAGCGAAUGAGCUGCCAUUGGACACACACACAGUCACGCCUGAAGAGGACAUGCACAGGCUGCAGCUAGCCCGCAGACAGCUGCAGGUCACAGGUGAUGCAAAUGAGAGUGCAGAAGAUGCUUUUGUACGACGGGCCAAGGAGGGAAUGGGCAACGAUGAGGCCCAGUUCAGCGUGGAGAUUCCUGUCACAGGGAAGAUGUACCUGUGGGCAGACAAGUACCGUCCCAGGAAACCCCGUUUCUUCAACAGGGUUCACACCGGCUUUGAGUGGAACAAAUACAACCAAACUCAUUAUGACUUUGACAACCCUCCACCCAAAAUUGUGCAGGGAUACAAAUUCAAUAUUUUCUACCCGGACUUGAUUGACAAGCGUUCCACCCCACAGUAUUUCCUUGAGCCAAGUCCCGACAACAAGGAUUUUGGAAUUCUAAGGUUCCACGCAGGGCCUCCAUACGAGGACAUUGCUUUCAAAAUAGUGAACAGGGAGUGGGAGUACUCGCACCGACACGGCUUUCGCUGUCAAUUUGCAAAUGGUAUAUUCCAGCUGUGGUUCCACUUUAAGAGGUAUCGCUAUCGGCGAUAAAGGCCAUAUGCCACAAGGAACUAAAACUUCCAUCAAAGGACCACUCGGGAUGUUUGAUCUCAACAUGUGAGAUGGGCACACACACACACACGUUACUGACGAACCCCCAAAAGCUCAAGCUAAACAGAAGUUGGAAAUAUUUUUAUUCCUUUCAGCUGUAUUUGAUUUGUCUGAGCACUUGUAGCUGUUAAUGUACUUCGUGUUGAUUCUGACAUAUGAAUAUUUGCUUUGAGAUAUUUGGUAACUAUUGAAAAUGGCCUGGUUAUGAACUCGUUAUUGAUGUUUAAAUCAAACCUUUGCUUUUCUACUGCCUGCCCUUUUGAUUUGUGAACAUGGCUGGCUGCUGUACUUUUCUUAUUACCCUCACGAUUCAGUUUGUUUUUGUAAAGUUUCCUAAAAUACUGAAAGUGUUUUAUGUAAUCUCUCAGAC